AUGGCCGACCCGCCCAGUAGUGCGGAAGGCGAUGCGGUAGUUACUGUAGAAGAUGCGGUCCCUUCCAAUGCCACAGCCCCUCUCGCCGACGCGGCGGCUGCUCCUGAUGGCGAGUUUCCCGCAAUGGCGGAGUCGCCGCAAGCCGCGCACAACAGCUCCCCCAGGAGAUGCGGGUGCACGCCGCCAUGCGGGUCCGCGGACUGCGACCGCAUGCUGUGUCUGCCGGGCGACCCGAAGCAGCAGCACCGGUGGCGCACUGCCUCUGAACUCAACACCUCCGCCGUUCCCAUGCCACUGCAGCCCAAAGAUCCCAUCAUCUCGCUCAACCAAUCCGCCGCCCCGCCCAACGAUUCUGCUCUUGCGGCCCCCGCGCCCGCCCCUGCGGUCCCGCCGACGCCGGCUGACGACCCCAUCCCCAUGCCCGAGCUGUCGAAUCUCACGCGCCCGUCGCAGGCGCGAUUCGAGGGGAGGGAGGGGGAGUGGGGGCAGUUCAACUGGACGGAGCUGUACCAGCAGAAGCAGACGGACCGAUACCACACGUGCGACACCCAAGGGUACGACUACGUGUACGUGCGACCCAACUUCACCGCCACCAUGUGGAAGGGCUGGGGCACCUCGCUCGCAUGGUGGGCGAACCAGGCGGGCGGGCUACCGGAGUGGUGCAUGGGGCGGCUGGUGGAGCUGGUGUUCCACGCGGACAGGGGGCUGGGGCUCUCCAUGGCGCGCUACGCCAUCCCGGGCGGCUUCAACGCCAUGUUCUCACCCGCCAUCGCGCGCACCAAGCACCCCAUGCGCGCCUUCAAAGAGGGCCCCCUCGCGCCCUACAACUGGUCGGCGGACGCGGGGCAGCGCAAGGUGAUGCUGGCGGCGAAGCAGCUGGGCGUGCAGCACUUUGAGGCCAUCUCGUACUCGCCGCCGUGGUGGAUGACCGUCAGUGGGGACACGGCGGGCAACGACCACGGCGACCCCAACAUGCGCCCGGAGCAGCGGGGGGCGUUCGUGCAGUACCUGGCGCUCGAGGGCUGGUGGCGCGCGGGCAGGAACCGCGAGGGGUGCUCGGUGAGUGUGAACGACGUGGACGUGGUGGUAGCGCUGCUGGCGGACGCGCUGCAGGCCAGUGGGCUGCCGACGCGCAUCUCGGUGGCGGACUCGUGGGUGGCGUACACGGUGCGCAGCAUCAAGUCGCCCACGGAGGCGCUGCGGCCCGAGACGUGGGAGAAGGUGGACCACAUCUGCGUGCACGGGUACCAGUCGAAACACUUCCCCGAGUCGUGGCAGAUCGGGCUGCAGUACAAAGACCUGCGCGAGUCGGCAGCGCGCAUAGGCAAGGAGGUGUGGCAGUCGGAGUGGGGCCCCAUUGACAUUUAUGGCACGGACCUGCAGCUGGCCAUGUACAUGGCGCGUACCGUCAUGGAGCACAUCAACAUCAUGGGGGUGGCCGCCUGGUACUACUGGAUGGCCGUGGAACCAAACACCCACGGGUGGGGGCUCCUCCGGUUUAAGGGGGAGUGCGGAGAGAGCGUGGAGAGCAUGAAGCUGGUAUUCAGCAAGCAGUACUACGUGAUGAAGCACCUCACUCGCGCGGUGCCCCCGGAGUCACGCAUUGUGCGCAUGGUGACCAAGUGCGAGCACGGGGUGGUGGCGGCGUACAGCCCCCGGCACAAGCGCCUGACCAUCCUGGUGACCAACCAGUCGUUCAAGGACUUCCUGCUCACCCUCCGCGUGCAGGACUUCCUCUCCGCUGACCACUCGGUGCCUGUGCUCGUGCACGUGCACCGCACGUCAAUUAAGGAGGACUACGAGAUGAUCGACCAGAUGAACGUGCAAGUGCCGGAUAACGCCACGUCCCACUCCACUGACAUCACCAUCAAUGCUGUCCCCAUCUCCCUCACCAGCAUCACGCUGUAUGAAGUUGUCCCGAAACCCGACAUUGAGAUUAAGCAACCAGUGUAG